UUUUACCACAGCUGUGUCCGUCGCAGGGAGGGUUUUUCUCCCACUAAACCUGCACUAAACCCGCAGCUGGAGCAGAUUUAAGCCGUUUUUAGGCGGAUCGGCUCCUGCAGAGCAGUUUCCACCGGGAUCCGCCGCGGAUCCGUGACGUCAGGGCCCAUCAGCUGCAGUGAAUCAGCUGGAGGUUUAAAGGACCUGCUGUAGUAACUGGAGAUACGCAGCCACACGUGCUGGACCUUAUUGGUAAUGUUUUUAAAGCCAGAUUGUCUCAUGGUUUUUGCAGAAGGAUAAUUCGACAGGAUUCCUGCAUGAUGGAAGUAGGAAGUGAGCGGAUCCGGACCUGAAGUUUUCCACAUGGACCAGACUGAGGACCUGGAGGUGGGAGACCCCCCUUCUGGAGACCCCCCCUCUGGAGACCCCUCCUCUGGACCAUCUCUGCCCGGGGAAGACCAGGGUCUAGCCGCUCAGAGGAUAAGACCCGGACCUGGACCUGGACCCGGAACCGGACCUGGACCUGGACCUGGACCCGGACCCGAACCCAGACCUGGACCCGGACCUGGAUCCAGCGAGUCUGUGUGUAGUAAUCGCUCCAUGGAGCCCCCGCUGCGGUUCCAGUCAGAAUCACGGAUUGGACCUGGACCAGAAUCUGGACCUGAACCUGAACCUGGACCCAGCUGUGUCUCCUUGAAGAGCGACCAGUCAAAGGAAUAUAUUCUUAAUUUUGGGAAGGCUGAACUUUCUCCUGCACAGAGUUUCAGUCAGAGAGACUCCCCAGGACCUGGACCUGGACCUGGACCUGGACCUGGACCUGGACCUGGACCUGGACCUGGACCUGGACCUGGACCCAGCUGUGCGUCCGUGAAAAGCGACCACUCGAAGGAGAUUAUUAUUCAGUUUAAAGGAGACCGACCUCCUGCAGCGAAGAGGAGGAAGGUGGAAAGUCCUGAAUCGGCCUCUUCUCUGGUGAAGAGCAGCGUGCAUCGUGAACAUGGACCGCGGCAGGUUCCCAGAACACCGGAGCAGCAGAUGUCGGAGCCUCCCAGUGGUCCGUCUGUCCAGCAGCAUCAGCCAGACCUGGAGCCCAUAUUCACGACGCUGGAGGAGAACAUCAUCACGUUUGUGAAGAAGGAGCUCAAGAAGACCAAGAAGCUUCUGAGUGGAGAUUACCCAGAGCAUCUGGAGGACGAGGGAGAACAACAGACGACGAGUAACAGAGAGUCAUUUCUGAAGAUCACUCUGGACUUCCUGAGGAGAAUGAAUCAGGAGCAGCUGGCGGAGCGUCUGCAGAGCAAUACCUCUGCUGCAGUUUGUCAACAAAACCUCAGAUCUAAGCUGAAGGAGAAGUUCCAGUUUGUGAUUGAAGGGAUUGUUACAGCAGGAAAGCCAAUCCUUCUCAAUGAGAUCUACACGGAGCUUGACAUCACAGAGGGAGGAACCGGAGAGGUCAAUAAAGAACAUGAAGUCAGACAGUUCCAAAAAAAAUCCAGGAAACCAGAAACAACCAUCAGACAAGAAGACAUCUUUAAACUUCCGCCUGGAAGAAGUAAACCAAUCAGAACAGUGAUGACGAAGGGAGUGGCUGGCAUCGGAAAAACGCUCUUAACACAUAAGUUCACUUUGGACUGGGCUGAAGGCAGAACCAACCAGGACAUCCAGUUACUGUUUCCAUUCACCUUCAGAGAACUGAAUGUGCUGAAAGGGAGCAACAUCAGUUUGGUGGAACUUGUUCAUCUGUUCUUCACUGAAACCAAAGGAAUCUGCAAAUUUGAAGAGUUCCAGGUCGCGUUCAUCUUUGACGGUCUGGAUGAGUGUCGACUUCCUCUGGACUUCCGCAACAAUGCGGUUCUGACUGAUGUUACAGAGUCCACCUCCAUGGACGUGCUGCUUACAAACCUCAUCAGAGGGAAACUGCUUCCUUCUGCUCGCCUCUGGAUAACAUCACGACCUGCAGCAGCCAAUCAGAUCCCUCCUGACUGUGUUGACAUGGUGACUGAAGUCAGAUGGUUCACUGACCCACAGAAGGAGGAGUACUUCAGGAAAAAAUUGAAGGAUAAGAAGCAGGCCAACAAGAUCAUCUCCCACAUCAAGACAUCACGAAGCCUCCACAUCAUGUGCCACAUCCCAGUCUUCUGCUGGAUCACUGCUACUGUCCUGGAGAAAGUCCUGGAGACCAGAGACGGAGCAGAGCUACCCACGACCCUGACUGAGAUGUACAUCCACUUCCUGGUGGUCCAGGCCAAACUGAAGAAGGUCAAGUAUGAUGGAGGAGAUGAGACGGAUCCACACUGGAGUCCAGAGAGCAGGAAGAUGAUCAAGUCUCUGGGAAAACUGGCUUUUGAGCAGUUGCAGAAAGGAAACCUGAUCUUCUAUGAAUCAGACCUGAGAGAGUGUGGCAUCGAUGUCAGAGAGGCUUCAGUGUACUCAGGAGUCUUCACACAGAUCUUUCGAGAAGAAAGCGGCCUGUACAAGGACAAAUUCUUCUGCUUCAUCCACCUGAGUGUUCAGGAGUUUCUGGCUGCUCUUCAUGUCCAUCUGACCUUCAUCAACUCUGGAAUCAAUGCGCUAACAGAAGAACAAACAAAAUCUGAAACUACAGGUGAUGAUUCUGCAGAGACACACUUCUACCAGACUGCUGUAGACAAGGCCUUACAGAGUCAAAACGGACACCUGGACUUGUUCCUCCGCUUCCUCCUGGGUCUUUCCCUGCAGGAAAAUCAGAUUCUCCUACAUGGUCUGUUGAAACCGAAAAGAAGAUCACAGAACAAUCAAGAAACGAUUGAGUACAUUAAGAGGAGAACCAGUGAGGAUCUGUCUGCAGAGAGUAUAAUCAACCUGUUCCACUGUCUGAAUGAACUGAAUGAUCGUUCUCUAGAGGAGGAGAUCCAACAAUCCCUGAGAUCAGGGCGUCUCUCCACAGAUAAACUGUCUCCUGCUCAGUGGUCGGCUCUGGUCUUCAUCUUACUGUCAUCAGGAGAAGACCUGGAAGUGUUUGAUCUGAAGGAAUACUCAUCUUCAGAGGAAGCUCUUCUGAGGCUGCUGCCAGUGGUCAAAGCGUCCAAGAAAGCUCUUCUGGGUGGCUGUAAUCUCUCGGAGAGAAGCUGCGAAUCUCUGUCUUCAGUUUUCAGCUCUCAGUCUUCCAAGCUGAGAGAUGUGGACCUGAGUAACAACGACCUGCAGGAUUCAGGAGCGAAGCUUCUGUCUGCAGGACUAGAGAGUCCUCACUGUAAACUGGAAAAUUUGAAGUCAGUAAUCAUAAAAUCCCUCAAAUUAUUGUAUUACAUUUCUACUUCCUUUGUGAUAAGAGUCUCAUGUACUGUAUGUGUUCUAAAGAUGUUUGUCAGUUUUAUAAAUGUCCCUUGUGUUCUUGUUCAAUAUUAUACUUUCAGGCUAAACAUCUGUAACCUCUCAGGGACAAGCUGUGAAGUUCUGUCCUCACCUCUCAGCUCCCCGUCAUCCAGUUUGAAAGAACUGGACCUGAGUAACAACGACCUGCAGGAUUCAGGACUGAAGCUGUUGUCCUUUGGAUUGGAGAGUCCACACUGUCGACUGGAAACUCUCAGGCUGUCUGGUUGCUUGGUCACUGAGGAAGGAUGUACUUCUCUGGUCUCGGCUCUGACGUCCAAUCCCUCCCACCUGAGAGAGCUGGACCUGAGCUACAACCAUCCAGGAGAGUCAGCAGUGAAGCAUCUGUCAGCAGGACUGGAGGAUCCAACCUGGAGACUGGAAACUCUCAAGGUGGAUCCUGCUGGAGAACGAUGGUUGAGUCCAGGUCUGAGGAAGUAUUCCUCUGAACUCACCGUCGACACCAACACCGUCAACAAACACAUAAAGCUGUCCCACAACAACGGGAUGUUGACCUUUGUGGACGAGGACCAGUCCCAUCCGGAUCACCCAGACCGGUUUGAUGAGCGGCCGCAGCUGCUGUGCAGAGACGCUCUGACCGGUCGCUGCUCCUGGGAGGUCCAGUGGAGAGGACGGGUUGAAGUAGCUCUGAGUUACAGAGGAAUCAGAAGGAAGGGGGACUUGAUCGACUGCCAGUUCGGUGGGAACAACCAGUCCUGGAGCCUUAGCUGUUCUGAAAGUAACUGCUAUUCCGUCUGGCACAACGGCAGGAAACACUCUUCCUCCACCUUCCCUUCCUCCCACAGAGUAGUGGUGUACGUGGACUGUCCUGCUGGAGCUCUGUCCUUCUACGAGGUUUCCUCCGACGCUCUGAUCCACCUCCACACCUUCAACACCACGUUCUCUGAAGCUGUUUGUCCUGGAUUUAGAGUCUUGCGUGAUUCCUCGGUGUCUCUGAGUUCAGAAUAGUGUGAAGAGUCUCCUUCCGUCAGAGAAACCCUCACUGUUGAGAUGGAAGCUACAAAUAUUCCAGGAUCCAAACAGUGCUUUUCUGUCCAAUACCAGUCAGAAUAUUUUAUCUAAGGGUGCUUUCAAACCUGUGGCCCAUUUUUUUUGUUCUGAUUCAGGGGCUAAAUCAAUACGGUUGUUUUGUUUUUCGUUUGUGGCGUUUGUGUUCACAAAGCAACCGUCUGUAGCGGUUCAAAGCUGUUAACAAAUGCCAUGCGUGAACCAACUCUUCUCUCAUUGGUCAGAAAUGAACGCGGAAGGAGUUUCCUCUUCCGUACCCCGGGACAAAGAACAACUAUGGAGCAUCGUAAGCGAGUGUGGCUAGUUUGUUAAUCGGUUGCUGUGUGGAUUAUGUUCUCACUGCAAACGAACCGCUCCAGGUCUGGAAUGGAAUCGAGCCGAGACCACGUCUCCUAGGCGAUCUCGGCUCGUUUGUUUUGUCCCGCAUCCGAGCGCAAUUGCUGUGUUCACAUAUACCAAAACGAAUCGAUCUUUAGGGGGAAAUGCUCCCUGUUUCGGAACAACUGCUCCAAACGGGACAGGUGUGAGAGCACCCUAAGACGACCUCUGAGGGGCUCUUGUGGAGGUGGAUCAUGUGCUGGGUCAAGAGGUUAGCAGGUUUUAGGUCUGAUUGCACUUUUCCACCAGCACCUACUCGGCUCUACUCAUCUCAACUUGGCCUGGUUUCUUUUCCACUAAAAUUCAGGACCUGGAGCAGAAGUAGGAAGUUGGAGUGAAGCUGCUGUGAUGUAUUUGAUUGUGUAUCUAAAGGAAGAAGAUAACAACACUAAAGAUGUAGAACCCGGAGGAGAUGAUAUAUGUGCUGCUGGAUCUGUGGCUUGUGUUCAUAUCAAGUUAAAAAAUGAGAGAGAGAGAAGCUUUUUAAUGUUUUUAGUUUGUCUCGGCGCUGCUGAAAAGUCCAUUGGUAGCUGAGCAGCUAUGAAGUGAAAGAGCUCCUGGUAGAUCUGGUCGUUCCUUAUCUCCGUCUAGAUCCCUUUUUAAUUCUCUCCUCAGCACCAGGUUUAUGAACAUCUGCACCUCAGAGUCGGAUCACCAAACAGACUUCUGCUGCGGUUACUGGUGGAAUAAAAUGAACAAUAAGCCGCCGUCAGAGUCGUUUUUUCUUUCUUCCUUAUCCCUUCCUUCUUAAUUUUUUCUUCCUUCUUUCUUCCAUCCUGCUUCCUUCCUUCCUCUCUUCCUUUGAUGACCACGGGGUGCCACCAUAUGACACACACCCAGGUUUGAUCAGCCUGUGGUGGGCCAACCUUGGAAGAGGGUGUAUUGUGAUAAGAGGCUGAAACACCUGAUGAAGUCAAGGCACACAACUGAUGACGUGUAGAUCUGGUGGUUCCCCGUGAUCCUUUCCAAACUCCACCCCACCGACAUGUGCGCUAGGAGUUAUUGUGCUGAUAUUUUUAGGGAUAUUAACAGCUGGUCCUAUUAAGAAUCCAAAUCUUCCUUCCUUCCUUCCUUCCUUCCUUCCUUCCUUCCUUCCUUCCUUCCUUCCUUCCUUCCUUCCUUCCUUCCUUCCUUCCUUCCUUCCUUCCCUUUUCCUUCCUUCCUUCUCACUUCCUUCC